AUGACACUUCUAAAGAUUUUAAAAGCGUAUGCGGAUAACAAAGUCAUGAGUGAAUUAUCGUCCGAGCAGGAAACAUUUGAUAAAGUUACUGCUGAAAUUUUAAUCCUCUUUUGGUGUAUGGCAAAUCGAACAAUACUUGUACCAUCAUUGAUUGUACUCGAUUUACCAAGCAGUGCUGUCAGAUGGUUGACUAAUUCUAACUGUUUGAAUGUAGAAGCGACCGAACCAUUGAUAAGGAUUAUCUACAAUAUGGCACGGCAUGAUGAUGGCGCAGAUGAAUAUAAUAAGCUUGAAGCUAUGGAAGUAAUCAAGAAGUAUCAGAAAAGAGAUGACAUUGCACAUAAUGAUAAACUAUCAUUGUGUUGUUCCUUAGCAAUUGCUCAUUUAUCCACUCCUGAGCAACUCAAACAUGACCAAAAAGAUAUGAAUGUCGUUCUUAAUCAAUUACUGCAAUUAACUAUGGAAGCUGCAACUAAGGAAGAUUUUACAUGUAAAGGUGUUCUUUACCAUGUCUCACAUCUAGUAGCUGUCUUAGCAAAACUGUUUGUUGUUGAUGAACGAACAGUUGACUAUGUCAUGGCACAUGCCGAAACAGAACCACCAUCCAAUAUGUUUUCUACCUUUAAGCUAUUUGCCGAUCUUCUCAUCGCUUUCAGCAAUUUAAUCACUAGUACGGAUCCGCUCAAUCAAUUCGCGUGUAUCGCUCUAUACAAUAUCAUUUGGAGUAUCUCAUUUCAGUCAGAAUAUCAAGAAGAAUUAAAACGAAACAUACAACUAAUAGAUACUGUUAAGAAACUCGCCAUGGAUGAACGCAGUCAGAUGUGUGAUCAAUACAAACCUCGAGCUCUGCAGAGUAUAAAGAAAGCAGCUGACGAAUUCGAACAAACGAAAGAUACAUUGAAAGUAUGGAUUGAUAUUCAACAAUGUGCAAUGGGUGAUCUAUGGGAGAAAAUUGCAGAUGGUAUUGAGCAUGCCGAUGUUAUUCUUUGUUUUAUAUCCGAAUAUUAUCAUCAAAGUAAAUCAUGUCGGCAAGAGUUGACUUAUGCUAUUGAUGAUUUACAAAAGCCUAUUAUUCCUAUUCUCAUUGGUGACUAUAAACCAAAAGGUUGGUUAGGAAUACGAAAAGCUGGAAUGAAAUAUAUUCGAUUUCGGAAUACUAGCGAACCGAAGCAGUCGGAAAUAGCGGAUUUAAUGGAACGAGUACGAGCUGAAAUUUCUCCUGGUAAAAAUAUCAACACAACUUUAACAGCACCUUCACACCAUGAGACUCACAACGAACUCAUUCGACAGAAGAGUCCACUUCAAGAGAUACAGUCUACUAUUAUCGAUUUUCCUCCUAUUCGUGAAUGGACACGUAGCGAUAUUCAUCUCUGGAACAGAGAUGCUUGA